AUGUCCCUGUCCGGGAAAGUCGCCCUCGUCACUGGCGGCGCGCGAGGCAUCGGAGCUGCCAUCGCGCUGAAGCUUGCCCGGGAAGGUGCCAGAGUCGCAUUCACCUUUGUCAAUACGUCCUCAAUAGCCAAGGCGCAUGAGGUCAUAUCCGAGAUCGAGGCCUGCGGGUCCUCCGCCACGGCCAUCCAGGCCGACGUCUCCAAGCACCAGGAAAAGGUCGUCAAGCGCGCCAUGAUGGCCUUUGGCGUCACCAAGAUUGACAUUCUCGUCAAUAAUGCCGCGGCGACGCUCACCGCGACCCUCGACGACACCAGCCCCGAGGACUACGACCGCAUCUUCAACACCAACACCCGCGCCGUCUUCUUCAUGAUGCAGGCCGCAAAGGCCCACAUCGCCCCGGGCGGGCGCAUCAUCAACAUCUCCUCCGUGGCGGCCCGCGCCGACACCCCGGGCAGCAUGGCCUACGCCGGCAGCAAAGCGGCCGUCGAGGCCUUCACGCGUGUCGCCGCCCGCGAGAUGGGGCAGGCACACGGCGUUACGGUCAACUGCAUCAGCCCCGGGACCGUCAAGACGGAGAUGUUCGACUCGCUGCCCGACGACCAGCGCAGCGCGGACCUGGAGCGGGCGACGCUCACGCCCGCGGAGGCGCGGCUGGGCGCCGUCGAAGACAUUGCUGACGUUGUCGCCUUCGUGGCGAGCGAUGAGUCCAGGUGGAUUACGGGCACGGUCAUCCCCGUCAACGGGGGCCGACUGAUGAACUGA